CACAACAGUCUGCUCAGAAGCUCGGCUCUCGCGAUACUCCUCGAGGUUUCCGGUGUUGUGAAUGUGUGUCUGCUAAACAUGGCGGUCAGCAUCCGAGGCCGUCCUAUCCGAAGUAUACGGAUGCGAGGUCGGAAUGACAGUGGGGAGGAAAAUGUACCUCUCGAUCUCACAAGAGACCCCUCUGAGAACAUGCGAGAGAUCCUCCAGAAUGUGGCCAAACAGCAAGGAGUCUCGAAUAUGCGCAAACUCGGCCACCUGAACAACUUCAUCAAGCUGCUCUGCAAUGUCGGGCACUCAGAGGAAAAGUUUGGCUUUACCUAUGAAGAAAUUAUCAUAUGCCUCAGGUUGGCGUUGCUCAAUGAGGCUAAGGAGGUGCGGGCGGCUGGUUUGCGUGCUCUCCGCUACCUCAUCCGAGACAGUAAUAUCCUUCAGAAAGUGCUCCGGCUCCAGGUGGAUUACCUGAUUGCCAGGUGCAUUGACAUCCAGCAGAGUAAUGAAGUGGAACGCACACAAGCACUCAGACUGGUGAGAAAGAUGAUCACUGUGAACGCCCUGCUCUUCCCAAGCUCAAUCACAAACUCCCUUAUUGCUGUGGGUAACGAUGGACCGCAGGAGCGGGACCGUAUGGUUCGUGCCUGCAUCGCCAUUAUCUGUGAACUUGCACUGGAGAACCCUGAGAUUGUGGCCAAGAGAGGUGGUCUCAGCACCAUCCUGAAGAAUGUAAUCGACUGUCAGCUCAGUCGUAUCAAUGAGGCUCUGAUGACCACCAUCCUGCACCUGCUCAAUCACCCACAUACACGGAAAUACGUUCGCUCUGACGUGGAACUCGAGCAAAUCCUGGCACCUUACACAGACUUUCACUACAGACACAAUCCAGACACAGCAGAGGGUCAACUCAAAGAAGACAGGGAGGCUCGAUUUCUGGCCAGUAAGAUGUCAAUUGUUGCUUCCCUUCGCUCUUGGUCAGGCAUCAUUAAUCUCUGCAAAUCAGGCAACUCUGGAAUCCAGUCUCUCAUUGGUUUGCUGUGUAUACCAAAUAUGGAAGUGAGGCGAGGUCUUCUGGAGGUGAUGUAUGAUAUAUUCCGACUCCCUGUUCCCCUGGCGACGCAAGAUUUUAUAGAAGCUCUUCUCAGUGUGGACCCCAGUAGGUUUCAGGACAGUUGGAGACUGUCAGAUGGCUUUGUAGCCUCAGAAGCAAAAAUAAUUCUUCCACAUAGGGCACGGUCCAGACCAGAUUUGAUGGAUAACUAUCUCGCCUUGCUACUUUGUGCAUUCAUUCACAGUGGACUUUUAGAGGGCCUGGUUGAAGUGAUCACUAGCAGUGAUGAUAGUGUUUCAGUGUGUGCAACCAUCCUUUUAGGAGAACUCCUGCAUAUGGCCAACACCAUUCUUCCCCACUCCCACAGUCACCACCUGCACUGCCUGCCCACUCUUAUGAGCAUGGCUGCUUCUUUUGACAUUCCUCAGGAGAAAAGACUACGGGCAAGUGCUGCAGUUAAUUACUUGAAGCGGUUUCAUGAGAAGAAGAAACGAGGCCCCAAACCCAAUAGUCUUUACUUGGACCACAUUAUUCGCAAAUCGCUGGCUGCUCAUUACUGUCGGGACCAGCACCUUAGGCCCCAGAGGGACAUUUUUGCCAUUAAGGACACUGAGGAGGCCCUGAUGAUGAACCUCAGAGACAGUCAGAUUCUCAGUCAUAAACAGAAUUUGGAAUGGAAAUGGGUCCUAAUCAGUACCAUACUCAAGUGGCCAAAUGCCAACCUUCGGAACAACAAAGAGGAACAGAUGCACAAGUUUGUACGAAGGCUGCUGUUCUUCUACAAGCCUAGCAGCAAGCUGUAUGCUAGCCUGGAGCUGGACCACAGCAAGGCCAGGCAAUUAACGGUGGUGGGCUGUCAGUUCAUUGAGUUUUUGCUGGAGUCAGAUGAGGAUGGCCAAGGGUAUCUUGAGGACCUGGUGAAGGACAUUGUCCAGUGGCUGUCCUCAUCCUCUGGCCUGAAACCAGACCGUAGUCUGCAGAGCAACGGCCUCCUCACCACUCUCAGCCAGCACUACUUCCUCUUCCUCGGCACUCUCUCUGCCCACCCGCAGGGUGUUAAGAUGCUUGAGAAGUGCAGCGUCUUCCAGUGCCUGCUGAACCUGUGCUCCUUGAAGAACCAGGACCAUCUUCUGAAGCUGAUUGUUUCCACACUGGACUACAGCCGGGAUGGCUUAGCACGAGUCAUCCUCUCCAAAAUCCUCACUGCUGCCACUGACAACUGCAGGCUGUACGCCACCAAGCAUCUGCGGGUCCUGCUUCGAGCUAACGUGGAGUUCUUCAGCAACUGGGGUAUUGAACUGCUGGUGACUCAGCUACACGAUCGCAACAAGGCUGUCUCGGUGGAGGCUUUGGACAUACUGGAUGAGGCCUGUGAAGACAAGGCAAACCUACACGCCCUGAUUCAGAUGAAGCCAGCGCUAACUCACCUUGGAGACAAGGGUGUGCUGUUGCUGCUACGGUUUUUGUCCAUUCCAAAGGGGUUCUCCUAUCUAAAUGAAAGGGGAUAUGUCACUAAACAACUAGAAAAAUGGCAGAAGGAAUACAACCUAAAGUAUGUGGACCUCAUAGAGGAGCAGCUAAAUGAAGCACUCACUACUUACCGUAAACCAGUGGAUGGAGAUAAUUAUGUGCGACGGAGCAACCAAAGGUUACAAAGACCAAAUGUUUUUCUUCCUGUGCAUUUGUAUGGGCAACUUGUACAUGAUAAGACAGGCUGUCAUUUGCUGGAAGCUCAGAAUGUAGUUUCAGACAUGAGCUACACAGUGCGCUGCCCAGUGCUGGACAAAUGGGAUGGCAUCAAACAGCUUAAAGCUGCUCUUUGGGCCCUGGGAAACAUUGGCACAUCUAACUGGGGACUGAAUCUUCUACAGGAAGAGAAUGUAAUUCCAGAUAUCAUCGCUCUUGCUCAUGACUGUGAGGUUCUGUCUAUUAGAGGGACAUGUCUUUAUGUUCUGGGAAUCAUUUCUAAAACUAAGCAGGGAUGUGAGCUUCUCAAAAUGCAUGGUUGGGAUGCAGUUAGGCACAAUCGCAGACAGCUGUGGCCUGUGGUGCCGGAUGAGGUGGAACAGAGCCAGAACCUACAGCAGCAGCAGCAGCAACAACAACAACAGCAGCAACCCCUCAUCCACCUGUCCUCAGCACCCAGCACCCUCAGCCUGAACUCUGAGUCCACCAGCUCUAGACAUAACAGCGAGAGUGACUCCACUCAGCCUAGCAUGUACAUCCUGGGUGAUGACAAGUUAGAAAGCUCUGAACUUUCAGAGGACCAGCCACUGUACCUCAGGCCCAAACUCCUAAAGGACCGCAGCCCCUUCACCAUACUAGCCUCCAGUCGACUUGUCCGAAACCGCUUCCUCAUCUCCCUCUCUGGAAAAAAACUCCGUAGUACCAGUGACCCCAAAGGCACUGGUAGCAGCAGUAAACUCCAUGGUGAGCCCACGUUAGGUGGCCUAAGGAGGAUACGUACAGUUACAGAGCCCUCUAUAUUUUCUCAAAUACAGGGAGAUGUCUUUAGUCCUGUAUUUACUGACGGACAUCUGCCGAAAAGCCCAAGCGUUAGUCUGGAUACCUCUUUUGUAGAAAGCAAGACUUCUGAAACUCAGGGCAGCACAUCUAGUAUUGGGGAGCCGGAGGUACAUCUGAACAAAGCUGCAGAACGGAGUUCAGGAGUUGGAGAUGCCCACCGAGAGCAGACCAGUCGAGAAAGGCUGGCCGGCGAUGGCUCAACCUCUGGGGGCGGGGCUCAGUUUAAAAGUCGCAGCCAGAGUUUCAACACGGACACAACCACUAGUGGUAUCAGCUCCAUGAGCUCCAGCCCAUCCAGAGAGACGGUGGGUGGCGUGGACUCUUCCACCAUCGACGCGGACUGCGUUAGCCUCAAUACUGUCAUUAGCACUCAAACUGUCAAAACACUUCACUCUCUCACGCCCCAGUCUAACCACCUUCCCCUGUCCAAAUCUAACUCAGUACUGCUGAUGCCACCAGGUUCUUCUCAUACUUUGCCACGCAGGGCUCAGUCCCUUAAAUCACCUUCUGUCACGACCAUUUCAAGCCUGACAGACUGUAGCUUCAUGUACACCAGCCCUCGGGAUGCACUGGGAUACGCUACCCUCAAACGACUACAGCAGCAGCGCAUUCAACCCUCCCUUUCUCAUAGCGAGGCGCUUGCCUCGCCUGCCAAAGAUGUGCUCUUCACCGAUGCCAUCACUAUGAAAACUGGCAGCCUGGACUCCAGACUCACACCACGCAGGUAUACUAAAAAGCGCUUCAGAUGUCUGGGCCAAGGUUCAAGCAGGCCCCAUCGCAGAUCUCUGCUGCCACGGUUUCUCAAGGCUUUGAGUUUUGCAUCUCUGGAUAAGGAGGAUCUUCUGAGCCCUAUCAGUCAAACCUCCCUUCAGCGCUCCUCCUCAGUGCGUUCAAUGGUGUCCAGUGCCACAUAUGGCAACUCUGAUGACUACAUUGGCCUUGCACUGCCAAUAAACAUCAACAGCAUGUUCCAGAUUAAAGACAUACCCUACUUCCAGAAGAGGACAAGUCCACCGUCAGAGGACCGAUCAGCAAAGUUCUUCUCGGGAGAUGCAGAUGGUUCCAGUGAAGGAUCUAGGCAUUCUGUUCUGCGAUCUCAGCUUAGUAUCACAGAGCUGAUUGCGGUGAGCCGUUCAGACCAACACCAGCUGCUGGGUACAGAGGAGACCGGCCUGCAGGAGCACAACGAGGAGAACUGUCUUUACUGUGCAGGUCUCUACGUGCUUGGGUGCAAUUUAAACACUCCCACACAAAACCGCACAGACUAUCCAAAUGCUCCAUUCUCGGAAUGGUGCAAUCAGUCCUUACACAACCUGGAUGUCAUGCCUCAGUCUAAGUACUCAGGAGUGUCUGGCUGCAGCGAUGCUGUCUCUCAGGGCUCUGGUGGCAGCACACGCAGCACUGAGCUUGUUCUUGGGGUGAAAAAUAUUCCAGAGGAUGCUCCAGCCUGCCGUGUUCUUCUGAGGAAGGAGGUGCUUCGGCUGGUCAUCAACCUGAGCUCCUCAGUGGGGACCAAAGGGAAUGAAACCGGACUCCUCACAAUCAAGGAAAAGUUUCCUUAUGCGUUUGAUGACAUCUGCCUGUAUUCCGAAGUUUCAUACUUGUUGGCCCAUUGCAUGUUCAGACUGGCUUCACGACGCUUCAUUCAGGAGCUCUUUCAAGACGUUCAGUUCAUUCCGAUGUACGAGGAGGCUGAGAGCAUUCUGUCAAUGCCCAAGAAGUCUACCACAGUAGAUCUUCCAUCAGAACCGUGAUCCUCUAAGUGUUUUUCACACUAUUUUCUUCCCCGGUGCAGCAAGUAUGGGACUCUUUCUUGGCCUGACCAUGUGACUAAGGUGAAUGCGCAAUAAGAGACUAGGGCUAUGGAACAGACAUACUGUAGGUGGACUGAGAGAGCGUCACUGGGAACAUUUCCACAGAAAGAGAAAAAGUGGUACGUUAAGAGAACAAACUAUUUUUACCUGAACAAAUAUACUCUACUCAAAAGCUCUGUUGACACCUACGCAGUAACCAAAUAAUCCUUGUAAACUGAACGGAAAGUGAAACAUGCAAAUAUUUGAUCUGUGAGUCAAUACGAAUUGUAUUUCAAAUGCAAGCAAGACUGUCUAGGGAGAUUAUUAACUUCCAUUUUUUUGAUUGCACGUAACGAAUGCAUUUUUUCCUUGAGUGGAUCCCUCAACACUACAACAUUCCAGCUGUUUUCUUUGGAUUUCUCUAUUACUCAUUUUGGUUGUUUAAAAUACGAAAUGGCUUUCGCAACCAGGCCGACCAAACACUCUUAGUCCUGGUGUGACUAUUGUGCGAUUGCUUUGUAAGACAAUCAUCAAGUAAUAAUAAUAGUCAGCAACUGCCAGUUUUUUUUAUUUCCCUUUUGUACCUGUCUUAUAAAAGGGUGCUUUCUGCUUAUAGAUUUUUAUCUUGACGUAGCACAUAGCAAUCCCUGAGUACAUGUAUGUACAUGUAUUUGAUGGUGUUGUUACACAAUAAUGCAACCAAGACUGUAUUGUAUUAAUGUGUAACUUUGUUAACUGACUUAUGAAACGUCAUCCAAAAAAAUCUGACAUUUGAAUCAGUAAGAUAUUUAUUUAUUUAUUCACUUAUUUAUUGUUUGGUCCAAGCAGCUCCUCUGUCCCUUUCAUUUUGUUUUAGCCUAUUAGCUAAGAUAAAACUGACUGUGUAUUAUUUAUUUCUGACAGUCAGUGUACGUGUAGACACCAGGAUUCAGAAGAGGAAGUGAAAGUGCAUUUCACCACUACCAGUUUUACUCUUCUCUGUUUAAGUAAUUCUAGAGAUUUUAACUUAUCCAUACAAAGUUUUCUCAUAUUUCACAAUAUUUGUAUAUGAGAACACCUUUUGUACUAUCCUCUCUUCUUUCGGGUUGCUAAUAAUGCUUUUUUUUUUUUUUUUUUUUACCUGAAUGUGGUCAGAAGAUUUUGAACGGGCAAAAAACAUAUUGGGUUAAAAAGUAAAAACUAAAAGUUAAACUGACAAGACAUGAUUAGGAAUGAUCCUUAAUAUAUGACAUGUUCUGCUUAAAUUCAACUGACCGUCAUCCAUAAACUACUACGCUUUAUCGUUGUCAAUAUUUAUAACAGCAAUUCUCAGUAUUUCACAUACACAUUAAGGUUUAAUAAGAUUUUGAAAUGUCUUCAGGGUCAGGAGGAAUCUAGUUUAACAUUGCAUUAAAAAAAAAAUUGCCAAAAAUGGUUAGAUCCCACUUUGUAAGUGUAAAUUUGAGGUUCAUUUGAAUUAUUUCUAUGCAAUGUGCCUGUUAAUUCUGUAUGCACAAAUUACUUGUUAUUGAAGAUAAGAUGAUCGCUUCAAUUUCUUGGCUGGACCAUUUAUAUUAUUUAGGCAGCUUUAAUUAUUUUGCCUUAUUUGUAUUAGCUUUAACCCUAACUUUUAGAAUUAAUGAAUUUGCCCUUUUUUCUUGUUUUAUUUAUUAUAGGAACUAAUAAAUCUGCCUUUGCCUGCCUUGGCUUUUGAAUUAAGCAUCAGGUUUCAACUUCCAUUAUUUUUUCUAUUGUAAAAACUGAGUCUGAUAUGGCCAGCAAUAAUACUAGUUGUUGUUACAGUAUUUCCUUUUAGGCCUCUGGGGAAAUUUUUUGUGCAUGUGCAAAAUGUGCAUGUGCAUUCUAACCCCUAUCUGCAGUAUAAUGGAUAGGAAAAAAGAAAUAUGGAAACUGUACAAGAGCAACAGAUUAUGUUUGGGAUGGUACAUAUGAUGCAGUCUUUUUUAUUAUAUGCUGGCUGGACAUUAAAGAAUAAUUAAGCCACUUAUAAUUAAAAUAUACUUUUUGAACAAAAUAAAUCUGGAAUCUGCCCCUAAUUUUUUCAGAAGUGUUCUUGAAUAAAUAAUUUCCACAAUGUCAUUAGUGUGGUGAAAAUAUCCCAGAAUGCCAGAUGGUUGGGUUGUUUUAUUAUUUUCUUGCUUCUAUUUUUCACUAGGGGUUAUGUGCAACCCAUGACCGGAAGCCAUUGUCAGAUUGUUUUAAGAUAAUUUUUUGAAAUGAUAAAAAAUGUCUUGAUGUUUUUAAAAAUGAUAAUGAGCGCCAAUGAUUGCAGAGUUUGUUGUAUUUGUGGAACAAGUUCCAAGUAUUUUAAAGGGGUUGUUUUCUCCAUCACCAUUAAUGCUAAGAGUGAAAAGGAAAUGCAUAUAUUUAAAAUGUACAUUUGUUCAUUAUUCAACAAACUAACUGCACCUUUCAGUGAUUUUUUUUUUCUUUUCUUUUAAGUGCACUCAUGAUUUUGCAGAGCACUGUAUGAAAUGUAAGCACCAUUUAAUAAUGAAAUUGCAGAGACUGAUGCAAGAAGUGUUAUUUAUUUUUUUUUUCCUGAAGGGAAAAAGCUUCUUAAACUGUUGUAAAUACUUAAAAUGUUUCUUUAAUUGUAUAAGUUAAUGUGUUUUGGGGGGCAUUAGCUAUGGGCCUUGAGAAUGAAAAGGAUGUGUGAUAAAAUAAAAUAAACCUCAAUUUCCUUGA